AUGGCGCGCGACCUCACAAGCGACGUCAAGGCGCUCUGCCGGUCGAUGCCGCGCGGCGGCGGGCCGCCCGCCGCGGCAGCGGCGCCGCCGCCGCCCUACGUCGCUGCGUUCACCGCGGCCUGCGCCGACGUCGCGGCCGACGCGCGGAAGGCGCGCUCGAACCUCGCGCAGCUCGAGACGCUGGUCCGGGGCGCGUCCAUCUUUUCGGACCCCGCCGAGAAGAUCGCUCAUUUGGUGCACGCGGCGUCGGAUCGGCUGGGCCGCGCCGCCGCGGCGCUCGCGAACGCGCGGCGGCGGCACCUCGACGCGCACCGGCCACGCCCCGGCAGGGAGGGCCCCCUCGCCUACAAACACUGCGCGGCCAUCGAGGCGGCGCUCGCGGCGGACCUCGACAAAAUCUCGCGGGACCUGCGCGCGGCGACGCGGUCGCGGGCCGAGGCCGUGAAGCAGCACGCCGAGCGGCGCGAGAUGUUCGGCAAAUCCGCCGACCGCGAGGCGGCGCCGCGCGCCCGCGCGCCCGUCUUCGACGCCCUGCCGCGGCCGGACGACACGACGCCGGGCUCGGGCGGCGUCUCCGGCGCGCGGCAGCAGCAUCUUUUAAUUCCGGACCAGUACGUGACGCAGCGCGCCGACGCGGCGCAGCGCGUCGAGGCCCAGGUCCAGGAGGUGUCGCAGAUCUUUGGAAGGGUCGCGGACCUCAUCAAGGACCAGGGCGAGUCCGUCGAGCGCAUCGAGAUUAAUGUGGAGAGCGCCGCGGCCGACGUCGAGGCGGCCGAGGGCGAGUUGAUGGACCGGCUCGACAGCAUGGGCGGGAACUUGGUGAUCGGGCUGAAGGUCGGCGGCAUCGUCCUCGCGACGAUGGUCGCGUACGUCAUUCUGGUCUAA